UAUCUGCUUUUUUGGUGGGACAGUUCAUUAUACGCAACUCCAUAAUUUGUCAGGUCAUCGUUGUGAUCACCAUUUCAAGCUCCGAUUUAAGAGCGCAUAUGCCAUCUCUAUCCAUCACGAUCAGUAUCGAAGAAAGAAGGAGCUUCAUUCCGAUCUUCUCAAUUUCACAAAUCAUUUUUUUUUUUCAAGUCUUGCUUUUGAGUUGCAGCCUUGCAGACAUGGAACUGUGGUUCGCCGUGUGCGGCGGCCUGGCCGCGCUGCUGGUGGCUGCCUGGGCAGUCAGGAUGCUGAACUGGGCGUUCUGGAAGCCGCGCCGCCUAGACCACCUGCUCCGGUCGCAGGGACUCAAGGGCUCCUCCUACCGUCCCAUCAGCGGCGAUCUCAAGGAUUUUGUCCGGCUUACCGAGGAGGCCCGCGCCAAGCCCAUGCCCUUCUCCCACGCCAUCUUCCCUCGCGUUUCUCCCUUCUUGCAACGCGCAACUGAAGCACACGGAAAGGAGAACAAGGUAACUUUCCAUUGGAUGGGAACUAAGCCGAGAGCGCUCAUCGCGGAUCCUGAUCAAAUCAGAGAAGUUUUGGCCGACAAGACCGGCGAGAUCGGGAAGGCAAACACCAGUCAUCUGUUUAAGUACUUUCUCACAGGCGUGCUGGGUCAGGAAGGUGAGAAAUGGGCCAAGCACAGGAAGAUAUUGAACCCCGCUUUCCAUAUAGAGAAGCUCAAGCGCAUGCUGCCUGCUUUCUCUGCUUGUUGUGAUGAGUUGGUCAACCGAUGGGAUGAGACGGCGGCGAAAGGUGAAGAGAUAGAUGUUUUCGUCGAAUUCCAGAGCCUCACCGGCGAUGUCAUUUCCCGGAGUGCUUUCGGUAGCAAUUUUGAGGAAGGAAGGAAAAUUUUCCAGCUUCAUAAUGAGCAAACUUUGUUCAUCGCCGGCAGUCUCCCUUAUGCACAUAUACCGGGCUACAGGUUUUUGCCCACCCGAAUGAACACUAGAAUGAAAGCAAUCGACAAAGAGGUGAAAGGGAUUCUAUUGAGCAUAAUCAAGAAGAGGGAGGAGAGUAUGAAAUUGGGCACCGCAAACAACGAUGACCUUCUUGACUUGUUACUGGAGUCCAAUCUGCAACACCUCCGAGAACAUGGGAACGCCGGGUUGACGACGGACGAGGUGGUGGAUGAAUGCAAACUGUUCUACUUCGCAGGACAAGAGACUACGUCCCUUUUGCUAACGUGGACGAUGGUUGUGCUGAGCAUGCAUCAAGAUUGGCAAGAACGGGCUCGCGAAGAGGUUCUGCAAGCCUUUAGGAAAGAGAAACCUACUUUCGAUGGCUUGAGCCACUUGAAGACCGUGACGAUGAUUCUGUACGAGGUUCUGCGACUCUACCCGCCGGUACUCGGCAUACCGCGCCAGGUCCUCAAGAGCACAAAAAUUGGGAACGUAGUGUACCCUCCAGGCGUCCUGCUCUACCUGUCCAUCCUUCAGGUUCACCAUGAUCCAGACUUGUGGGGCAAAGACGUCGACGAGUUCAAGCCGGAGAGAUUCGCGGAGGGCAUGUACAAGGCGUCAGAGAAGAAUGCCUUCUUCCCCUUCGGUAGCGGCCACCGGAUCUGCAUAGGCCAGAACUUCGCGUUGCUGGAAGCCAAGCUGGCACUAUGUUUGAUCCUUCAACGCUUCUCCUUUGACCUCUCGCCGUCCUACACUCAUGCUCCCAACUUUGUUCUCACUCUCAAGCCUCAGCAUGGGGCUCCUAUCAGACUGCGUAGGAUUUGAAACCAUCAAUCCUUCCAUCGACCAAUCUUAAUAUAUACAUAUAUAUAUAUAUAUAUAUAUAUAUAUAUAUAUAUAUAGAUACAUAUACUUCUGUUGUAAAAUCUAUAGAAAUCUUAUAAUUGCAUAGUUAGUGUUUAUUCCGUAUGUAUGGUAAUGGUAAUGGUGAGGACCAUUAUCGAAGCCUUUUGAUGUAAUUCGUUAGUGUUACUGAGAUAUAGAGUAAAAAUAAAAUAAAGAAACUAAU